CAACGUUAAGACCAGAGUUACAAGUCUUAGCUUAGCCCCUGGGCGGGUCGUGAAAACAACAGAACAGACAUCACGUGAAUUUACGAUGGUUUCAUUACAAUUAACUCACUCAAUAUAGUUUAUCCAUCACUUCAGAUUACAAUUGUCUCAACAAAUUAACCAACUGGACCAAAUUGAAUUUUAAAAAAUCCUGAAUUAAGAUGACGGAAUACUGGUUAAUAUCAGCCCCGGGCGACAAGACCUGCCAGCAAACAUGGGAAACGAUGAACAACUUGACAUCGAAACAGAAUUCGCUGUCUGCGAAUUACAAAUUCCAUAUCCCGGACCUCAAGGUCGGGACACUGGAUCAGUUAGUCGGGUUGUCGGACGACUUGGGCAAGCUGGACACCUUCGUCGAGCAGGUAACACGUAAAGUUGCCGUCUACUUGGGUGAAGUACUUGAAGAUCAGCGAGACAAACUUCACGAAAAUCUUAUGGCUAACAAUAGUGAUUUGCCGACUUACAUAACACGUUUCCAAUGGGAUAUGGCGAAAUAUCCGAUAAAACAGUCGCUAAGAAAUAUUGCUGACAUAAUAAGCAAACAAGUUGGCCAGAUAGAUGCUGAUUUAAAAACUAAAUCUACUACAUACAAUAAUUUGAAGGGAAGUCUCCAGAAUCUUGAGAAGAAACAAACUGGAAGUUUGUUGACUCGAAACCUCGCAGAUCUUGUAAAAAAAGAACAUUUUAUUUUAGACAGCGAGUACUUGUCAACUUUACUUGUAAUUGUACCAAAAUCAAGUUUUCACGAAUGGCAUGCUAUAUAUGAAAAAUUAACAGACAUGAUUGUACCACGUAGUACACAAUUAAUAACUCAGGAUGCCGAGUAUGGUCUAUUUACAGUAACAUUAUUUAAAAAAGUUAUUGAAGAAUUUAAAUUACACGCACGUGAAAAAAAGUUCAUUGUACGUGAUUUUACAUAUAAUGAAGAAGAAUUAGCUGCUGGUAAAAAUGAAAUAACAAAAUUAGUUACUGACAAGAAAAAACAAUUUGGGCCCCUUGUUCGUUGGUUAAAAGUUAAUUUUAGUGAAUGUUUCUGUGCUUGGAUUCACGUUAAAGCAUUGCGUGUUUUUGUUGAGUCUGUUUUGAGAUAUGGAUUACCAGUUAAUUUCCAAGCCAUUUUAUUACAUCCCCAUAAAAAAUGUACAAAGCGACUACGUGAUGUUUUAAACCAACUUUACGCUCACUUGGAUUCUUCAGCAGCUUCCGGUGGUCAUUCUGCUAAUCAAGAUAGUGUAGAUAUUCCGGGACUGGGUUUCGGACAGAAUGAAUACUUUCCAUAUGUUUAUUACAAAAUAAAUGUCGAUAUGGUUGAUAGUAAAGUUUAAGGUUACUAAUUAAUAAUUAACUAUAAAUAAUGAUUAAUUAAUAAUAAACAAUUAAAAUUUAAACUAUCUAAGCAAUUCAAAAAAAUUAUUUUAAAGUUAUUGUUUCGCACAACUUUCUUUUUUUUCCGUAAAAAAUUUAUUUAAAUAAAUAAAUACAGAUUAUUUUAAAUGAAAAAAUUAUAAAGUAUAAAAAUUAACUUGUAAAUAAUUUGAAUAUAAAAUUUUAUUGAAACAAUACAAAGUUUAUUAAUUAAAUAUUUUAAAAAUUAUAAUUUUAUUUCGACAUUUUAAUAUC